UUCUUUUACUACACAAAAUAAGUCUUUAAAUUUCAAUAAUGCUAGAAAGUAAAAAAAAAGUUAGACAAAAUUUUAUUUAAUAUUUAUUAAUUGUUGUUAAAAUUAAUUUGUAAAAUUUUUAGAAUACCCUUCUUCCUCUUUUUUUUAAACCAAACUCUAACCCUCCUCUAACACACUUACUCACCUUUCACUAUCGCACACACUUUCACUCCUCUCACACCCUCUUCCUCAUAGCACACACACCCAUACUCUCACAAAAAAAGAAAGAAAGAAAAGAGAGAAAGAAAAGGGAGAAGGGAAAGAAAGAAAAGGGGAGAUUGCGAGAAGAGAAGGGAGGAGGAAGGAGGGAGCUGCUCACGCCGAGCCACCAUGCGAGGAGAGAGAGAGCCGCACCUCAUCACCACCGGCCUGGAGCACGCCGUUCGUGUCCCGUCGCGUCGCCGCCAGCCGCGUCCAGCUCGCAGUUGCGUCGCCAUCAGAGGCCAGAACCGAGAGAGAUGCGUCCGAGAGAGGGGACGAGUGUGAGAGAGGAGACGCCGAAGAAGGAGCCGUUCACCAUCGUCGCGUCUGCUGUUGCCAUCAACGGAGCUUGUCGUCAGGAGAGCAUCAUCGACGACACUGUAUUAUCGCUCUACUUUUAUUGUAUUUCUGCUGGAAAUUAUCUUGAGUACUGGUAUUGGUGCUGUCAUGAAACGGUUGGAGUUGUUGAUGUACAUCUGCGAUGUAGCCAUGGAAGUUGCUGCCACCGUCUCAAUCCAAAUUAUGCGCUCAUUCGUUUCAUUUUACUUAAAUCCUCCUCACCUUGGAUUCUGGCACUCCGGGUUCGAUAUCUUCGGUCCUUCGGGACCAAGUUGUGAGUAGACUUUACAUUUAUAAUUAUUUGGCUUUACAUUUAUACUUAUUUUGAUAUAUGCUGCUUGAAUUCAUGACUAUACUUACAAGUUAUCAAUCAAGGAUUUGAAUUUGAUUUUAAUAAUGGAUUUAUUAGAACUAAAUAUUUAUUUUUGUAAAAUUCAGAUUUUUAACCUGCACAUGAGACUGUAUACAUGUUUGAUGAAGUUUUGUGUUAUUUCAGAAUAUGCGAUUUUAUUUGAAUAUGUGUUUUUGUAACAUUAAAGUAUUAUAGAUACUUACUUAUAUGCUCUGAAUUUGUAAAGUAUAUUCAACAUUUCAUAUGAUUGAACAAGAUUUUUGAUUAGAAAGUAUUACUGAUUUGAUUUGAUACUAUAUAUAUUUGAAAGAUCAAAGAUUGGUUGCAUUUGAAAUUAUAUGUUUUGAAUUGGUUUGGGAGGCUCGUAUU